AUGAAUGAUGAAGAAGUUGAAGAUUUUUUCAUGGAUCCAAUGGUUACAGCUUAUAUUGAAUCAUUUAUGGAGGCCCACUGUUCAAUAUUUACAUGUGAUGAAGAAAUCCACCCAAAUCAUUUAGCUAGGCAUAAAGAAUACUCGGAAAUGAUGAAACAUUUAUUAAGCGAUUCAAAAAUCAAUUAUCAACAGGUAAAAGAAUCGCUUAACAUACUACUGACAAGUGAAGCGAAAUCUUUGAAUUCGAUAUCUUAUAUAAUAGCCUGUUGGAAUUUCGAGUUAUUUUAUCAAAUUAUGACACUAGUGAAUAUUGAUCUACAAAUGGAAGCACUUUAUGCUAUUCAGCAAAAAAACAAAAGUUAUCAUUCAGAAUUAUUCAAUUGUUCAAUGGAUCAUACAACAGAGAUCAAUGAAAACGAAAUUAAUAUAAUGUUGGCAGAGAAAUCUAACCAAAAAGAUGGAGUAAUAAAGAAUAUGAAAAAGACAAUUAAAAAUGAAUUCGACCAACCCAACGGUGUACAAGAUAAAAUAAACUCUACCGAUAUGAAACAUUUAUUAAGCGAUUCAAAAAUCAAUUAUCAACAGGUAAAAGAAUCGCUUAACAUACUACUGACAAGUGAAGCGAAAUCUUUGAAUUCGAUAUCUUAUAUAAUAGCCUGUUGGAAUUUCGAGUUAUUUUAUCAAAUUAUGACACUAGUGAAUAUUGAUUUACAAAUGGAAGCACUUCAUGCUAUUCAGCAAAAUAACAGAAGUUAUCAUUCAGAGUAA